AUGAACCGUCCCGGCACCACCCGCGGCGAUGCGCCCAAACCGCGCAUCGAGCUCCAGCAACUCGCGUUCCGUGCGGGGGAGGAAGGGCCCGACUUUCCGGACGAAGGCGCCCGCGUGAGCGGCUGCGCGGUCGAGGGCGUCGAGGGUGUCGCGCUGGCGCCGGUGUUGCUUCAUCAGGAGCAGUGGGCACGACAGGGACCGACCCAGUGGAGGUCCAUUGGGGCCGUGGAAGAGGCGGCCUAG